AGGACUAUUCAAAACAAAACCUUUCAAACAAGAAACCUAUAUUUGAAAUGAACUUGUAAUUUCCAAAAAAACAUUCUCACCCAAAGAAUAUUAGAGUCAAUCACACCAUGUAUGCAAAACUUGUUCUCAGCACUCUCCUGCUUCAUCUGGUUAUUCUACUGGGUUCAUCCGAAGGCGACAACACUCACAUGCACCAUGUCCACCAUGCUACCACCGAUCCCGACCCAUCCCUAGCGAUCUUCUUCUUCCCGGAGAAUCUCAAACUCGGAAACACAAUGAAAAUCAACUUCCCAAAGCGACAACUCUCCGACUCCCUCACUCACCUCCUCUCCAAAGAAGAAGCCGAAGCCCUCCCUUUCUCCUCCCAAAAACUCCCCGAAAUCCUGCGCCUCUUCUACUUCCCCUCCUCCUCCCCUCAAGCCACCGCCAUGGCCGCCACGCUGGAGGAAUGCGACCGCCAUCCGAUCCCAGGGGAGCAGAAAUUCUGCGCCACAUCCUCCCAAUCCAUGUCCGAAUUCAUCGAAUCCAUCUUCGGCCCCGACACACCAACCAAGGCCGUCUCCACUUACCACACCAAGCGAUCGGAAUCCGAUGACGUGGCUGUGCAGAAUUAUAGGAUCAUGGGAAUCCGGCGGAUUCCGUCGCCGAAGAUGGUGUCGUGCCACACGAUGCCGUAUGCGUACACGGUGUUCUACUGCCAUUACCACGAGAGCGAUAACCGGGUUUACAGAGUGUCGUUGGCGGGGGAGAAUGGGGAUGCAGUUGAGGCUAUCGCGGUUUGUCACAUGGAUACUUCGCAGUGGGGCCCAAACCAUGUUGCGUUUCGGGUGCUCGGGGUUGAACCCGGUUCCACUCCGGUUUGCCAUUUCUUUCCGGCGGAUAACUUUGUUUGGGUCCCGAUCAUGUCUCAACAAAUAUGAGUAUCAUCUUUUAUCGAUGUAAUGAUAUGUAAUUUAUGUGUGGUGGGUGUGUGUGUGAUGCUUUCUAUGGAUAUUGUGUGUAAUAACUAAUAAGGUAAUAAAAAUUACCGACGUGUUAAUUACCGGCAAAA